AUGCUGCCCCUUCUCUUUUCCCUAUCACUUCUCUCGCCCGGCCUCGCGGCCGUGGCGCCGCGGCCGCGCUCGGUCAUCACGCGCGGCGACGGGUUCGUGCGCGCUAGCGUCAACGCGGUGCAGCACGCGCCUCGGCUGCGGGCGCGGCAGAACGCGGUCGACCUGGAGAACAUGGACAGCGGCACGCGGUACGCCAUCGACGUGGCGGUGGGCACGCCGCCGCAGACGGUGUCGCUGAUCAUCGACACGGGGUCGCCUGAGCUGUGGGUCAACCCGCGCUGCGACACGGCCAACGACGCGGCCGCCUGCGCCGCCGAGCCCCAGUACGACCCCGACGGCAGCUCGUCGCUCGCCGACACGGGCGUCACCAACGUCAUCACCUACGGCAAGGGCAACGUCUCGAUCCAGUACGUCUUCGAGACGAUAUCCAUCGGCUCCGCCACCAUCACCGAGCAGGUCAUCGGCGUCGGCCUCGACUCGUACGACAUCCCCAUGGGCAUCCUCGGGCUGUCCCCCGACACGGACGGCACGGCCGACUACCCUUACGUCCUCGACACAAUGGCGUCGCAGGCCGUGAUCGCCAGCCGGGCCUUCUCGCUGGACCUGCGCAGCGUCAGCGACCCUUCCGGCGCCGUCAUCUUCGGGGGCGUCGACACGGGCAAGUUCUCCGGCACCCUCCAGAAACUGCCCAUCCUCGCGCCCUCGCAAACCCCGACCGGCGCCGACCGCUACUGGGUGUCCCUGACGGGCGUCGGCAUGACACAGCCCGACGGGUCUGCCGACCGCACGCCGGCCAACGCCAUCGACGUCCCCGUGUUCCUCGACUCGGGCGGCACGCUCAGCCGGCUGCCGACGGCCAUCUUCCAGGCCAUCGGCAACAGCUUCCCGGGCGCGCAGUUCGACGCGCGCAGCGGCUUCUUCGUGGUGCCCGACUGCAGCGCGCUAGCCGACAGCGGCGGGACGGUCGACUUCUUUUUCGCCGGCGACGUGGCCGUCAUCCGCGUGCCGUUCGCCGAGUUCGUGUGGCAGCCUGCCUCUGCCGGCAAUAGCGCAGAGUGCCUGCUGGGCGUGCUGCCUGACGAUGACGAGCCGGUGCUGGGCGACUCGUUCCUGCGCGCCGCGUACGUCGUCUUCGACCAGGACAACCGCGCGCUGCACAUCGCGCAGGCCGCGAGCUGCGGCGCGGAGAAUUUGGUGGCUAUUGGGAAGGGCGUCGACGCGGUGCCCUCGGCCACGGGGCUGUGCGAGGGUGCUGCGCAGCCGACGAGCGCCGGCGACCUCGAUGUCGCGGCCACGCAGGCGCCCACGAGGACGUUUUCGGGCAGCGCGCCAGCUGUCACGGCGCCGCUUGGUGGGCCGGGGCCUGUUAAGUCUAUGGCGAAGACUACGGGUACGCCGAACCCUACGGGCCUGGCGGCGCCGAAGGAGACGGCUGAUAAAAAGAAUGCGGCUGUUGGUGGGGUGAGUGUUGGCCUCGGUGCGGGUGUGGCUUUAAUGGUUGCAAAUAUCGUUGCCUGGACUCUGUAA